UGUGUGCAUCAGGGCACUUUCUGCUUGAAUCAAUGAUGUUGUUUCUCAUGUGUGCGUGUGUGUUGCUCCUGCCGACCACCGGCGUGCAAUGAGGCAAAUUUACAGGCUAAGACGUCUCUGAGUGAGGGAACCGCAUGAACAUAUAGACGGUGGAAUUGCUCUUAUUUGAUGUGGGCAUUAUCAGUGUUGGAUUUGUGGCGAUCGUUAGAUGCACCCAAGAAGCCUGUACGUGGGUGACCCAUCACUGUGUGUGUAACGAUGCCUGAGCCGCAAGCUAGUGUGUGCACCCGGGAAAUGUAAAGAAGUGCAUCUCGGAGAUAGGGAGGCCUGCCUUGUGUGUUUGAGAUUUUCAACUUCGAUUGUGGGGAAAUUUGUCUACAUCCUAGAACACACACCGAGAGACAAACAACGCUGAUGCAUGAGUACGCAUCGGACGGUGGGGCUGCUAUACACCUACGUCACGAUGCAUCUCAUGCAGCUGCAACCGGACUUGCAAUUACAGUAGGUCACAAGACCUUCCUCAUUGAUUGGCUAAUGAUGAGUUGAGGGAGAAAGACGAAGAAGAAAGAAAGAAGAAAGAAGAAAGAAAGAAGAAGAGAAAUCGCCAGGCUGCGGGGCGGUGGAAGUGAGAAAUGAAUCACUGACAGAGUGGACGUAUCUACGAGUAAACAGGCCACGCUUGAUGGAGCCUGAGAGGUUGGGAAUCACGCUGGAUUGCUUAGCUGCCCCCCCCCCCCCCACUCCUUUUUCUUUCUCCGUAGGAUGGAUUGUGAUUGAACUGUUUGCCUAGCACUUCCAACUAGGGUUGUGUGUGGACAGUGUGUGCAUUUUUUUGGAUGGACCUGCUGGUGCGUGCAUUCUGUUUGAGAUGUUUCACGGUGACAGUUACUACAAUUGCAUCACUAGCGGUUUUUGAGUGGUUGGAGCAGGGACACACAUGCUGUUGGAAAUAUAUCAGAGGGAAAUUUGAGAUGGAUGCCACUGCCGCAUGGAAUUCUUGUGGUGAAAUUUAUCUGUUGGAAUCAAGGUGUUUUGAUGGUUUGAUGCAUCUCAGGAAGUCUGAGGAGUAAAACUUUUAGAGCGUCCACGGCAGGCGAUCAAGCUUGUCAUCAUGUUGCACAAGACAGCAUUCAGAAGCAAACACAAGGCAAGGAUGUACUCGGUGGCAUACGGUUUCAUGUUACCGUGGAUUUGGUGCGUGAACCAGCUCGUGUCCAUGGUUGUACGGACCACGGAUGAGUCUAGGAACGAGGAGGAAGCGCCGUGCUACGAGCGUUGCGUUAUUCUCAUAUUCUCGUUGCCCGUGUGUCUGGCACUAAUCAUCGUCUUCUCACCGUUUGCCUUAUUUGGUUUCAUCACGCGGAUGUGUCUCUCCGGCAAGCGCACCCCGUACAUGUACUCCUUCUCGGACACACCCAGCCGCGUCAACGUCAACGAGUGUAUAUGGGUGGACCUCUCCUCAAAACAUUUCUUCAAAAUCGCCGUGAUCGAUACCUGUCUCAUGCCGGAGGGCAUGGCGCGAUUGAACAAUCUGCGCAAUGUACAGACGCGAUCGGUCAACCUCGGCCGUAGGAUUAUCAACUCUCAGGUCAGGCCGAGCCCGAGGAUUUUUGUCCAGUCGCCGUCGGAUAGUGAGCUCAAGACUCAUAGCAUUAACCCACCGGCGUCCACGAACCCGAUGAGUCUUUUCAACUUGAAUGAGAGCAACCUGGACGUGACUGAGGAAGAUGUGUCCUGCGUGACGUACACGAACAUCCGACCGGAGGAGACAUCAUUUUUUACGCAGGGUAUUGAUAAGAUAAGGGAGUCUGAUGACUACCAGGAGCAGAGUCAAUGCAACGGUGACACCCCUGUCACCCCAGAGACCCCUCUGAACGGGGACGCGCUCAGGGACCUCCGAGAAGUAGAACUCGAGGAUAGGUAUGAACAGCAUGCUAGCGUUACCUCUGUGCCUGAUAUUGUGCCCAAGGACAUCCCGAGCCCAGCGGAAUCCCUCGCGUCAGUCUCGAGUCCGAACAUAGACACCAGCGUGCAAAUUGAGUUCAACAAAGUAACUUGUCCGUUGACAGGCGGCGACCCCAAGCCCACCACUCUCCCCAGUGGGAACCCGUCGACUCAACGGCAGAAACCUCACGGAGAGGGGAACAUCGGGGAUGUCCCCUCCCCAACAGAACAUGCCGUUAAUAUUAAUUUCCCCGCCGGCUUGGACUUCAUCUGCUUCCAAGAGGUUUUCGAACGGAGAGCCGCCAAGAAACUCAUAAAAAUCCUUCAUUUGUGGUUCAGUCACAUUCUGUACGAUGUUGGCGUGAACUCGUGGAGGAUUAACAGACAUUUUUUGAAUAGCGGUUUACUCUUCGCAAGCCGUUACCCCAUUUUGGAUGUGUCUUUUGAGUGUUUCAAGGAGAGUAAGAACGAGGACAGAGCCGUCUCUAAAGGUCUCCUGAUGGUCAAGGUACAAGUUGGUAAGACAAGAGAGGGCCACCCUGUGGUUGGGUACAUUGCUGUCACACAACUCCAAGCAUCACAAGAAACCAACAUACGCUCGAACCAGCUGGACUCCAUUUUGAAUUGGUUGAGUAGUUUUCACAGCCGCACCCACACGGAGUGCUGCUCAGAACUCGUGGCCUUUGACCUCCUCUGUGGGAACUUCAACUUUGACAAUAUGUCCCCAGGUGAUAUGCCAGAUUGGAGCCACCCUGUUUUCCUCAUCUACCAUGAUCCAUGCAGGCAGAGGCCGGGGCUAGACAGACCCUGGACAGUCGGUACCAUACUCAGGAAGAAAUGUCUCCAGGAUGACGAGAUAUGCACUCCGGAAGGCUUACAAAGUGCUUUAGAAGACCACCAGCAGCGAGGUGUGUACCUGGAGGAUGCCGAUGUAUUUGAUGCUGGUGACGGAGUCCGAUGGGGCACGUCAGACAGCGCCCAAAAUGAGAGCAGCGGGAGGCGCAGAGUGGAUUAUAUUCUUUAUAGUAAUCAUAGGACACAUAUGCAGCAGAUCUGUGAGGAGUACAGCUUUGUAAGUCAACUAGCCACAUUAACAGAUCACAUCCCUCUUAGUAUGACAUUCUCGGCAGCCAUCGGACCGGCCGCCAUGCAGGAAUGGCUCCAAGAUGUCACCCCGGACAGCGAGGGUUCACACUCCUGCAAGAUCAUGUAUGAAACUACCGUUUGAUGAUAGGGUCACAUACCUAUGUUCCGACACACCUAGGUUUUUACCACACUGCUAUGUGAGAGGUAUUGGCUGAGCGGAUAAGAACACCAGAGUCUUUUUUUAUAAUCGGCAGAGUAUGGGUUGGAGCCCUGGUCAUGAGACUUCUGUAAUGUGAUUUGGUCACAGAGUUUGGGGCACUUGGUAUUUUAUUGUGGUGAUUAUGUUAUGGAACAAACCCCCCCCCCCUCCCCCAUCACACAAAGGUACUUUAGCUGCAUGGUCAUUGUGACGUGAUGUGGCUGAGUGAACAAGAACAUCGAAUUUAAGCUAUGGUGUUUUUGAUCUGUGGGUUCGAGUCCCAGUCAUGACACUUGUGUCAUUAUUAAGACACUUGCUGCAUUUUUCAAAUGGGACAUAAAGCCGUACGUCCUGCGUGUUGUGUAAUGACCCCGCCUUUUUCAGAAAUUUGGCUUGGAAAGUUCUGCAGAAAAAAACGUUUUUACCAUGUUUUAACGU